AAAAAAAGCGAGUCUGUGGGAGGUUGCCGUGGUGUGGUGUUGUAGGCGAGCGUCCGAACAAAAUAAAUAAACUAAUCUAUGAAACUCAAGUGUUAAUAUCCCCCUUUUAAGUGUUCAGUGCCCCCAAGUGUAAAAUAACUGGUUUUUCUGUGAUUGCAACUGUCAUUUUGGAUUGAAAACAAAGAUCCUUCGCAGCGAACAAAAACAAGGACUUUAAUCUAAUCGAAAAGGAUUAUGGAGGGUAUCCGAUAACAGAAUUGUUUUCGCUUGAGAUCAUAUCAGUUGUGUUUCUGCAUCAUGGUGUUCAUCAGCGAUCGCCAAAAAAUCAACCUAGUGAACCUCCUGGUUACUUUCGGUGUUCUUUUCGUCGCCGUGGACAUCUCCUCGGGGAGUUUCGCCACUCGUAUCAACAAAAUUAGUGAGAAUUUAGACAAAGCCUUGUCGCAAGUGAUCCACCAAACGCCGGAUUAUACGAAUUUGACGGACGAUGCGACUUAUGUUAGCGAUGCCUAUUUUAACCCUCGAGGAAUGGAAGGGUUGUAUAACUUCACCAAUGCGUUCAUGGAGUUAAUUUUUUCCAAGGAGAUUUAUCCGGAAGGUUUUAUACGAAUUGAAAAUAAUCAAAUUCUAAUCGGAGACAUUGAAAAGGAAUGGAAGAGUCUUUUGACGAAAUAUGUGGGACUUUUAGUUAUGGUUAUCAUUCUGGCAUUGAUAAUCGUAUUUAUGCCCUUCUGUGGAUUGUGUUUCUGCUGCUGUAGAUGUUGCGGCAAGUGUGGGGCGAGGUCUCAACCAUUUGAUAAGAAACACGAUUUUUGCAAGAAAUUUAUACUCGCGACGGUACUCAUCGGCUUGGGGACCUGUCUCCUAUUUGGGGUUGUUUGUGCAUUUGUUAGUAAUCAGCAAAUGGAGGAAGGAAUCGGCGAUUUACCUCAAAAUUUACGAAAAGGAGUCACAGAUGUUGACACUUAUCUCGAUACAACCAAAAAACAAAUUGAGACACUUUUGAAAAAAAAUUAUGGCGAGUUUGAAUCAGUCUUAACUAAAAUGAUUGAUAAUAGUACAGCGGCAGUUUAUGGCGAAUUGGUGAAUUACUCAAAUGCGAUUUCAAUGACUGAGGUUGCAAAUAUUGUUGAAGCACUUCCUGCAAUUGAGGAGAAAUUUAUAACGUUGAAGUAUUCGACGAAUACGUUACGUGUCUAUGCUUCACAGUUAAAUGACGCUGUCAGAAAAGUUAAAAAAGACAUGUUAAGCAUUUUACAAUUGCCUGGUUGCGAACACGUCUCGAAAUGUAGCGAAAUCAGUCGAAAUAUUAGCUCACUCCAAACAAACAUCCAUUUUAAUAACCUCCCUGAUAUCACGGAUAAAAUCGCUAAAUUGGACGAAAUCACCAAAAACCAAACCCUCAUCGAGGCCGUCAGAAAGGGCAAAAAUGCCCUCGAAGACAUCAAAGUCAAAAUCGGGGACAAAGUCAACGCUACAUUGGACAAAGCUCAUGAGAAAAUCAACGAAGCCGGUGUUCAAAUCCGUCACGGUGCCGAUAAUGUCACUCAGGUCAUUACCGACCUUAAGGCAAAAAUCGACAGUAAUACAAAUCCGGUGCUAGACACCUCUGAACGCUACAUAAAACAGUACAGUUUUUAUCGAUAUUAUGCCGCACUAGUAAUCAGUUGUUUGUUACUUUUGAUAACAAUUUUCAUCACUUUGGGAUUAGUUUGUGGGAUUUGUGGGAAACGGCCCGAGGGAUACGGAGAUGAUUGCUGUAAUAAAGGCGCCGGAAGUCAGUUUUUAAUUUGUGGUGUGUUGUUCAUGUUUCUGGCGGGAUUUGUGAUCGCUAUUGUUGUUCUCGCGUUGUUUAUGGUCGGGGUUGUGACACAGAGGGUGGUUUGUGAUCCGAUGAGAGAUCCUGCGAAUUCCCAAAUUUUUGAUUUGAUCGAUAGUUUGAAUUUUUCCGAUUAUGGGAUUAAUAUUACUGUAAGUGAAGCGUUAGAGAAGUGCUACCAGAAUAAGAGUAUCUACGAGGUUGCAAAUUUAGCCGAUAAAUUUAAUUUAGCUGAAGUUAAGAAUUAUUUGAAUUCGUUUGGGAUUAACCAGACUUUGGCCGGGUUGGAUAUAGGAUCGCUCGAUCUUCUUAAUGAUUUUAAACUUUUGAGUGACGAUGAUAAAAAGUUGUUAGAGUCGUUUGCUGAUUCCGGAUUUGCUGAAAUUAAUUUCGACGAAUUUAAAGAUUUAUUGAGUACGAAUUUCACAACGGUGAAUUUGACCGAUUUGGCUAAUGAAGUGGGUGAUUUAAUAAAACAACUGGAACCGAAGCCGGAAGCUGCGGAUUUAGUCGAAGGAUUGCAAGUCAGUAAGAUGAACAUUGAGAUGUAUGAAGAGAAAAUUGUCGAACCGAUGAUCAAAAAUGCUUCUGCUGUGAUCGAUCUUGCAAAGGUUAUAGAAAAAGAUCUCAGACUUAAUCAUAGUUCGUUUAGUGACGCUAUGAGGGCUUUGUUAGACGAGUUGACACAAGCCGAAAAUACUCUAAUAUAUAAUGGAACUGAUUUUUUGAACACGACUGUCAUCGAAUUCACCACUGGGAUUGUCAAUCUAGUCCAAACUUACAUCGAUAGAGUGGUCACUAAAACCGAGACCGAAGUUGGUCAAUGUGGACCUUUAAGUAUGGUCAUACACGCUACGAUGACGUCAACUUGUGACAAAAUCCUUACACCUUGGAACGGUUACUGGUUUGGUCUCUUCUGGUCCCUGGUUUUAUUCAUUCCGACGAUUAUAGUUUCAGUCAAGUUGGCCACACUGUACCAGAAACACAGUCCGUAUUCGAGAGAUCUAGUCGAAGCCGAAUAUUUGUAUGAUGCGUAUGUCGAUCGGGACAACAUACCUUUGAAUAGCAGGAACGGCAAGGCGAAAAAGAAGAACAAAAAGCACAAGCGUUACGAAGACCGACCUAUUCCUUCGGCCGGGGGUGACAUGGUGGUUCGCGAAUACGCCGCUGGUUCCAACCCGGACGCCCGAUAUGCCGAUAUGGCACCCAAGCAAUGGGAGGAUUUUCCAGCUGGGGGGCCUCCGCAGUACCAGAGGGCUCCCACUGAGUAUGAGAGACCGCCGCCGUAUUACUACCCAGGCGCUGGGGAAAACGCUCAGUAGACUGACUCGAGAUUGGAGAAACUGCACAGACUGACUCAGCAUUUUAUCUCAUCAUCGUUUAUUUUCUCAUUCCCGUGAAGAGAUGACGAUCAAACAAACUUUGUGAUUGUAUAUAACAGGGAGCAACUGUUUUUAUUUUAUAAUUGUGAUAUUUGUGACUGCCAAAGUUGAAAAAUUCGUUGCGAGUUGUGAGUACAAUCAUGAAGUAGGGUCUUGUUGUGUUUAGCACAAUUUUGCUCAAGUUUUGCCCUAGUGUGAAGCUCAGUGUGGUCUGAAAGGUGUACAUAGAUAUUUUCAUAAUCGAUGUGUUAUUGUUAUCUCAAUUUUUCGAUAGUUCUAAUUGUAAUUAAUUCGCUUCAUAGGGCACGAUCUAAUCGAUUCCAAAGUACUACACUUAACUGUUGUGCUCAUUGUUUCUAUAAUAUACCAACUGUAGCCAAUUUUUGCCAUAUUCUUACUUGUACAUGUAUUUAUAUAUUAGCAUGUUAAUAAUAAUUCCAAUGUUUAUAAAAUA